AUGAGAAAGUCAAAUUUGGUGCAGUGCCCUGUGGGGACGACUCAUAUUGGAGGUCAGGAUUUAGCCCGGCAACAGGUACUGAUUGUCGAUAGUACGACGUUGGCGUGUGUCACGAACACGCAGGUUCUCUUGUACACUGUCCACAAUUUUCCACCACUUUGUGGGGGAGAUACCAGCCCACCUCCAGAAGGAAGGUGCCUUGAAAACCCUUACUUGUUGCAUUCUUCAAAUGACUUUGAGGAUGAUGGCGGAGUGUCUGCAGUCGCAGUGGACAACGACCACGAGCUCAUCGCCGUCUGCGGCAGAAGUAUCGGCAAGCCUGCAAGCAUUUAUGUGUAUUCAACAAGAACCUUAGAGCGAGUGCGGCAAUGCAAGGCCUUUAGCGAGCGUGGUUUUUCCGUUGCAACUUUCCGUGGAAAGUUUUCUUCAAAUGGCACAGAAGCUAGUACCGUUAAGCAGCAUCCUACUACUACGAAGCGCUGUGGGGAUACGUUACCUCAAGAUGACGGUGAUAGCACGCCACAAAACAAUGUUGAACAAGAUGUGAAUCACCAAAUGAGUGCAGUGGAGUCUCUCUCCACAGACAUCGCAACAGGGGAGCAUGCAGGCGGCAGCGCGACAGAGGAGGAAUUAUAUGAUCCUCAACAAGUGCCGUUGCUGGCUGUUGUCGGAUGGGAGGGUGAAGGCGGAGAAAGAGCAUCACUUUCCUGCUGUUUCCUCACACUCUGGAACAUCUCCACAGGGCGCCCAUUCCUCCGAAUGAAGACUCCUGCACUGCAAGUGAUAUCACUAGAAUGGUCACCCUUCUUCGCUUACCAGCUUACAUCUUCGGGGUCACGCCAUAUUCGGCUAUGGACAGCUGUGCAGACGUUUACUGGGCUCAAGCUGAAGGAUGGAAAUAUUAAGGCAGAAGUGCUACAGCUGCAGCCCAGCACGAUCAGUUCCUACCGUAGAAGUUUAAGCGUUGCGAGAGACCAGAUAGAAAAUCUCCAAACAUUACGGGCUCCUUCAGGAACAGGGCGUAUUCGUAGCAACCCUAGAGGGUCUGUUCGGUCUGGGCGUAGAGGCUCUUCAAUUCUGCAUUUGGAAGCUACUCACGGACAAGAAUUGCAGGGCGAAUCAGCUCAGCCCAAUAAACUGCCAGUUGUGUGCCAUCGAGGCACCAUCAACAGCGUGUUUAGAGAUCCAAGAAAUGACAGUCACGUAGUCUCCGCUGGUGACGACGGGCAAAUGAAAUGGUGGGCCGCAGAUGAGGUUCUGGAAGCAGUCAGCUACAUGACAGAAGAGUCCAUUGUUGCAAUUUCAGUUACUAAGGUCUUUACCAUGCCAGAGGAAAUGCCAAUCAAGCGGGUUCUACCCCAUAGGCGCUGGCCGAACGAGAUCCGGUGCAUUUCGCUGAUGCCACAGGCAAGACAAAACAGCUGCCCCCUCUUCCUCUUCGGCUCCUCUGAUGGAGUUGUUAGACUGUCUUCAGCUUCCAGGAACGGGGCACACCUUCUCAUGGCCAUAAAGACGCAUGCAUGCGCAGUCGCACACUUGGCUGUCGACCCUGCAGGGCAGCACCUGGCGGUGUUGGGUGACGAUGGGUUAUUGCUGCUUCUGAAACUUGCCCAAUGCCAUCGACGAGAGACACAACUAACAGCAAAUGACGAUGUGGAGAAUGUAGGGGACUCUCAGUAUGCGCAAAGCCGAUGGCAAGCAGAGCCCCUAGGGUUCAUAAAAACUCCCGAACCCUUGACACGGCUGAUGUGGGAGCAUCCAGUGCACCUGCUAGGCCUGGCAAGAGAUGCAGCAAUAUUCGUGCUGACUGGGCUCGAACAGCUUAGCACGCUACCUCGUAGAAACGGGACUAAUGACACCGCCAACAUGGGUCUGGUGGAUGGCGCAAAAGCUCUCGGUGCCGAGCAGAAAGUGCCCACCGGUGACGUGGCUGCGGACGAACCAGGCAGCGAAGAUAUGAGCUCAGACUAUACCGGCGACGAUGGUUCGCAGGAAGAAGAGUGUGACCCCGCAGAUAGAGAUGCCGGAAGCGGCUCUCCACUCCCCCAGUCCGAGUCUGCCCUAAGUGCCGCAGAAGAUCCAUUAGAUCUAACUCAAGUUCUCUUUUUCAGGGUCCCAACUGCGAUGCUGCGGAGCAUGAUUCCAGAUGGAAAAGAUCGACGCGAACACGAAGAUUUAAAUGAGAGCGACAGCGAGGCCGAUGCGGCCAGCGAUCAUGACACGGCUUCUUCUGUAGGCUUUCAUGAAGCCCAGCCUAGGGUGGCUUCUUCCAAUGGGAGUCUUAUAGAACAGUCUGCAGCUGCUGAUGAAACCCGGCGUGUCCUGGCUGCAGCAAUGAAACAGCAACAGCGGCGUCGUGCGGCUGCCGCGGCGGCUGCCGCAGCGGCAGCUCGGCUCACCGCAGUAACUAUUGUUGAGCUAGAGCGAUGCACCGACACAACAGGACUGUUGCGUUGGGGAACAUUUUGCAGUGAGAUCCCUAACACCGGCCUCUCACAUGAGAAUGAUGAAGGAGCAAGGGUGCUAGGAGGUUCCUUUCUGCUAUUUUCUGGGACGUCCACUUUGCGGAACGGUAUAUGGUGCACUCCGCUAGAGAGUCUGUCGAUGGCAGGGACAUCUGGGCCUUCUGUUGCCACUCCAGCAACUUCCAUAACAGCUCGCCCUCUACUGUCUCUCUUCACCGCCCUUCAGCAGUUUUACAGUGAAAAGUCAGAGAAUGCCUCCAGCGAAAUUGCGGGACCUCACGUGACCCAGUUGGUUUUUGUGCCCAAACAGCAUUUGCUUCUGUCCGGCACCUCAGACGGGCGGGUUUUAAUGUUUCCCGCUGACACUCCGAAUGCCUGCGCUGUGGCAAGAGUCUUUGACAGUCACGUUGGGAGUCUAACAAGCCUUAUCAUCAGGCCGACGGGCGACACAAACCGAUGGGCCUUGGUUGCUGCAGCUCAGAGCGGAGCUUGGUGGAGGUGGGAAUUUGAGUAUGAUAUUAUCCUUUCCCGUUGCAAGGAGGCGCAGGAUGCAGAGGGAGGAGUUGAGACAAAUCCGCCUGCUAGAGAUGAAGAAGACCGUAUCGAAGCGCAAAGGGCUCGUAGAUGUGGACCAACGCAGCCGGCAGAAAAGCACCAACAACAGCAGCAAUUCCUACGCCGCUUGCUCAUGCUAGAGGCAACUAGCUACGACGAUCAACUUACUAAUGAAGUGACUAUGGAUCCAAAUGGGCUCACUCCCAAGAAAGCAAAGGAGCCAAAAAUACCGUGUCCGCGUCCGGUGCCAAUCGACAAAAUCUUGCAGGUGGUUUCAAAUGCGUCAGAGACCAUUGACACCAGUUCCCUGGCGGCUGCAGUGAAUAUAUUACACACAGCAGCUGAAGCAGACGCUGUGAAAGAUAUUCUUCACCCAGAAGAGCCCACAAUCACGGACUUGAUAACUCGCUUAAAAGCUCUUCCAGGUGUGAAUACACAAGAAAUGAUGAUGGAGCUGACUCUGCGGGGAGAUCUCCUUAAGACUGAUGAGGCUGAGGCAGCGAAAUCCCUGGAGAUAGUCGACCGCCAUAUACAAGAUGCGGGAGAGCGGCACCAAGCAUUCAUAGAUACACUAGCGCGACUUUUCGGUGGAGCUCUGGAAGCUGUCACAGUGGCUGGCAUUUUGGACGACAUUUGCGUGUGCUCAUUCCCCACUGCGCAGACACCACUUGACAUUCACCGAUUACAAACAGAAGGACAGGCACAGUGCACCACAAGUGGAGCUGCCGAGAUGCAGGCAAUUUUGGAAGCCGCGCGAGAAAAUGAACUGAGACACCUGCUGCUUCCUGAACAGCCAAUAGCAUCUAACACCCCGAGCGCUGCACCGUCGACUGACGCCCGGAGAGAGCGCACGCUGCAGAUGGCAGCACUCUUGAAGGCGCAGCCAAGGGAAGACUCUACAAAUGCACAAGACGAGCAUCGCAUUGCAGACACGAUCAAGAAGUUGAAUGCGUGCAGCCUCACCCCAUCUGGGACCGUAUCAGAGGCCUCAAUAACUAUGGCUUCACGGAAAAAGAAACAAAUGCUGGAGCUUGCCGAGUGGGCCUCUGCGAAGGCGAACUCCUUUAAUCGAAAAGUCCACGUACUGGCGCAAAUGCGCAAGGAACUGCUCAGGGCAUCUGAUUGCAUCCUGCAGGAACUUAGUGAGGCCUUGCAAUCAGCUGAGCUCCAAGAUUGUAACGAAUUUAACCAGGUGCAGUUAUUGGCUCAAGUUGUGGAAAGAGCUACUGUCGAGGAACACUCCAACGGAUCCUUGUGGAGCAUCAGCAAGGAGCAGCUCGUUGACUCGUUAGAAAAACGACUCAAGGAACUGAAUAACACCGGAGCCCUCUUCGAAACUGACGCUGCCAAGGCAGAAAUUGAAGAAGUCAAAACUGCUCUUGCUGAGGCCCGUCGGCAGCCUGGCGAGUUCGUUGUGUCUUUCGAGCACUUGCGCCCAGCUGCUUAUACACCGUCUACUGAAGAAUUGGGCACCAUGCUAGAAAGACAAGCCAAUGCCGCUGGUUCUCUUGGGGGCCGGAUCAAUACUUUCACAGAUGGGUGUACACGUGCCACAAGCAAGAACGAUCAAACAUUCAAAGAACGCCUUGUGGUCGUCAUAGAUGGGCUUAGAAGAUGCGAGAUGUGCCAAAGCUGCACGGUCCAAAAAGCUCUCAACUUGCAGGAAUGUUCAAAGAUUUACCAGCACUACUACGUGGACAACUCCAUCAACUCUGGUUCACUGUCCCGAUCGGGCAAAAGUUGGGCAGCGCUUCAAGGUGUGGAAAUUCAACUUCAGGCCAACCGAUCUAUUGAUAUGAUUAAGCAUGCCAUUUCUACAUUUGACCAAGAGUUGCGAGAUCUGUUGAAGGAACGCACCGCAGUCCACCAACAGUUGCUUUUGGCACGCCUGAAACAACUCAAGAAUCUUCGCGUGCCGCUUACUAUGCUUGAUUCACGCCAUUUGCGGCAAAGCCUGCUAAGCGUUUAUGUCGUGCAGCAUGUGCGUCCUGCGAGCUAUAUGGCGAACGCAGACGAAGCAGAUGACGCUGAGCAGCUGCAAGCAAACUCCGGCGGUGUCGAAGAAGAUAUCUGCCCUUUAGGAUGUGAUAUGGCUGUCUACGAGGCUCUCUUGGAAUUCAGAGACCAGAAAACGGCAAAUGACGCGACGCUCACAGUUCAUCAACGAGAUCUUGAUGAACUUAAGAGGGAAUAUACGAAAGUCCAGGGGAUUCAAAAGCAACAUGCGUCUCGUUACAAGUCUGUAGAGGCGGCGAUCCACAAGUUUUUAAGGGAGCUUCAGGGCACUUUCGACGAGUUGGAGACCGUUGUGCCACUGCGGGCAUCCCAGGUGCCGGCCGACACAUUGACAAUUAAAUGCUUGUCAUCUGUUGAAGAGACAUGGCAGCUCCCUACAAAACUAGAUUCCGCCAUCAUUUUCAGCAAUGAAGGAUUCGCUGCUCUUCGCCAACGAGUUGCAGAGCUGCAGCACGAAACAAUUCUCGUGACGGACGACUUGAAGCAACUGAAACGCCUUCUUGCGAGUGCCCAAAGAGAAAAUAAACAAAGUUCGCAGCGCCUGGCAAAUCUCCGAGCAACGUUCAAGGCAGUGGAGCUAGUGAGGUUUGGUGCGUCUCUUACGUUGGAGCAAGUUGAAGCCGCUGCAAUAGCUGCAGGUCACGAGGACUCCCAAAGACAUAGCGAGCCUACUAGGCCAGCGUUUGAGAGGGACAUGGAAAUGGUAGCUGCCAAGCAAGCAUUUGGGAGUGAGGCUGCCGUAAGCGAUAUAAUGUGGCUUCAGAACACAAGCGACGACGGCACAUUUGCCAGGAUGCGCCUAGACGAGCUUGCGCGACUCAAAGAUAUGCUCAAAAGAAGCGAAGGCGAAAUUCAGAGAUUGCAAGCUCUCGCCGCACCUUGCAGUGAAGAAAUGGGAAGAAUUGAUAUGGCCCUGCAGCAGCAGGUGGAGGACUCAUCUUCCUUCGUACUGCCUCUGAACCGUCGGUUCCCCGUGAAGGCUGCAGAGGAGGUGAUGACGUCUGUGCUACAGUCGAGACUAAGAGGAGAAGUCUACUCAGCAGAUCAGGCCUCUCAGCUUGCCAAGAACCUGGGUGCUUCCCUGCGUGAUGCUUUAGUCGCCCUAUCCAGGCCUAGGUUCAGGAUAGGAGUCACCGUUGAUCUGGGGGAGGAUUGCGGUCAGGGUAUUCGAGUGGGUUCUCGGUGCUUUUGGGAUAGCAAAACGGAUUCAGUGGCAAGAGCGGUAUAUAGGAGCUCAUCACUUUUUUGCGUCGCCACCGCGUAUGCGGUGUAUCAAUACUGA